AUGAUCGAGAGUGAGAAUUGUGAUGUCAGAGUCACAAUAUUUGCGAUUUUUUAUUAUCAACAAUUGGAAGAAGAGACCAUAAAUGCAUUGGUAGCUCAGAUGAUAAAGGAUCCCUCAUCCCUGGUUCAAGACCUGAUUAUCAGCACAAUUUCUUCCCACGACCUGUCAAGCACGACUAUUGAUGCCUUAGUCUCGCAAAUGAUAGAGACAGUUGACAACUUCAAAUGUCCUGCUAUCGGGGCACUUCAAAAUUGCAAACUUCUACCAGACAGAGCUAUCAAUGCUCUUGUCAGACGAAUAACAAACGAAACUGAAAUUGAUUCAAGAUCACUUGCCGGCUGGUUAUUCAGGGAGCAGUCUCUGCCGGACGAAGCACUUGAUGUUAUGAUUGCACUAAUUACAACAAGCAGACUUUUGUCUAUUAGAGAAGCUGCCCUUUUCGCGAUCAGAAACCGUACUCUGCCAGACUGGGCUGUUGAUGCUCUCAUUUUGACCAUGACGAGGGAACCUGACGAAAAUGUCAAUGAUGCUGCUUGGCUCGUAAUAGCAUACAUCCCUCACUUGUCAGACAAGGCUUUCGAAGCCAUAUGUCAUCUCAUCACGAACGACUCUCAGAGGUAUUAUCUUCUGGAGUAUCUACUUCAAAUUCCACUUCCACCGGGAAGUGCUUUAAAACCAGAAAGGGUUCUAGUAUCGUCCUUAGACAAAACACAAGAUUGGGAGAAUGAAUUUCCUAUCAGUAUGCUGGGAGGAUAUACAUGCCUCCCCCAAGAUGCCAUCGAAGCCUUUUUAUACCAACUUGAGGAACGGGAACCUUCGGAUGCUGCCAAGAGAGCUAUUGUAGGGGCCUUGCGGAAGCAUAGCAUUCAAUCUCUCUUCACGAGUUCAAGGGUUUUGAGGAUUGCCUACCAAAACCUAACCCAAAACUAUAAUUGGUCUACGUUUUCCUCAUACAUACAAGAUGGAUUAGUCUACUUUAUCUCUUCGGGCGUUAAGAAGAAGUUUUCACCUGCGAUGGAUGCGGAGGAGAUCAAAUUAGUGCUUUUUGAGGAAGCAGCCAGACUGGGUAAUCCCUUGGUAAAUUACUUUUACCGUGAGCGUCGCCAGGAGGAUCUGGGUUCACUUUGA